AUGUCAGAUCCUCUCGACACGGCUGUCUCUCGCAGGCUCAAAUCUGUCAAGAACAUCAUCAUCGUCCUAUCUGGAAAAGGAGGUGUAGGCAAAUCAUCAUCAGCAGUGCAGCUCGCCCUCUCAUUGCUGAACACAUCGCCAAACACAAGGGUCGGACUCUUAGACCUCGAUCUGACUGGACCGUCCAUACCCCGGAUGGUCGGUCUCGACACACCCGAAGCCUCUGUUCAUCAGUCCUCGGCUGGCUGGGUACCGGUCUAUGUGGACCAAGAACGCCGGCUCGGAUGUAUGAGCAUUGGAUUCUUGUUAAAAGAUAGAGGCGACAGUGUGGUAUGGCGAGGGCCAAAGAAGGACGGAAUGAUCCGGCAAUUCCUGUCAGAAGUCCGCUGGGGAGAUCUGGACUACCUAGUGGUUGACACUCCGCCUGGAACAUCUGACGAGCACAUCUCCCUCAUGACACAUCUACACCCUCUGUUCACACCUACCUCCGAGAACCCUACAACGCCCAGUUCGAUCCUCAUCACAACACCUCAGACUACUGCCCUUAACGACACCAUCAAAUCCCUCUCCUUCACCCGCAAACUGUCUCUACCGGUCCUCGGUCUCGUCGAGAAUAUGGCCGGCUAUGCUUGUUCCUGCUGCGGGGAAAUCAGCGACACUUUCGGACGAGGAGGCGGAGAAGACAUGGCCAGACAGAAUGGGCUAGAGUUCCUGGGCAGAGUGCCCAUAGACACUGUACUGAUCAGGCUAUUGGACGCG